AGGGAGAGAGUGGGGGGAGGAAACCAUUUGGUCUCCUAACUUUUUCCAGACGUAAGUUAGCUACUUCGCCAGCGAACUGGCUAACAUUAGUUCAUGCUGGAUAGGCUAAUAGUUGCCUCGUAUAAAUGAAGUUAAAUGAACAAGAAAUUAACGGCAGCAGCAAAAUCAAGAUGGGACCUUCCCUGAUGGGCUCUGAAUAGUGCCCCACCCGCCCUGUUCGGUCCCCAAACUUCGUACUCCGUCUCCCGUCGACGCAGGAUGGCCGACCCCUUUCGGGUGGUCCCCGACGCGGCCGGGACGGGCGCGGCCGAGGUGGACGCGUGCGAGCUGGAGAUCGAGAGGAAGUAUGAGGUCAUCCCCGCCAUCAUCUGCUCCAUGUGCUGCCUCUUUGGGAUCAUCUACUGCUUCUUCGGCUACCGCUGCUUCAAGGCGGUCAUGUUCCUGUCGGGCCUUAUGUUCGGCUCGGUCAUCAUCUUCCUGCUGUGCCACAAGGAGCGCGUGCUGGACACGCAGCUGAGCGUGGAGGCCAGCGCGGGCAUCGGCCUGGGCAUCGGCGUGCUGUGCGGCCUGGUCACCAUGCUGGUGCGCAGCGUGGGCCUCUUCAUGACGGGCCUGCUGCUGGGCCUGCUGCUCGCCCUCGCCGCCCUGCUGGUGGUGGCCAGCUUCUACAGCGCGGGCACGGUGUGGGUGCCGCUGGGCACGCUGCUGGGCGCGGGCAUGCUGUGCGCCGUGCUGACGCUGCAGUGGCAGCGCCUCUUCACCGUGCUCUCCACCGCCGCCUUCGGGGCGGCCAUCAUGACCGUGUGCGCCGACUACUUCGUGGAGAUGCUGGCGCUGGGCGCGUACGUGUACGACUGCCUGCGCCUGGUCCCGGCCCCGCCCCUCUGCUGGUACAGCUGGGUCAUCCUGGGCAUCUGGCCCACGCUCAGCCUGAUGGGCGUGCUGGUGCAGUGGAAGCUGACGGCAGAGGGCUUCUCGCACACGGAGGUGAUCAUCAGCCGACGGCAGAAGCGGGUGCAGCUGAUGCGGAUUCGGCAGAAGGACGCGCGGAAGCGGCAGCAGGGCGCGGGGCAGGAGGGCACGUACCGCCGCAAACCGCUGCCCGUCAAGCGCUACGCCGGGGACCUGCUGGCGCCGAGCUACCUGCAGAGUCUUCGCGAUCGUCAGAUGGGCACAGGGAACUCGCUCAGCAGCCUGGGCACCUCCAGCCACACCAUGAUCGACUUCGACUACGACACCGGCUCCACCGUGCCCCUCACCACCGCCAACCCCGUCAUCAGGGUCUGAGGGAGGAGCCUCUUUCUGAGCCCCGCCCCUGUCCUAGUCCAGUUCGGCUCUCAAGGGUCGGGAGGGGGGGGGGGGGGGGGGGGGGUUGGAGCCGCAAAUCAAAUCCUGGAGAGCCAAUGGGCAGGCUCAGUCUCGUCUGUUUGGAGGGGGCGAGGGCCGCCUGUGCUUGAUGGAGGUGUUUUCAGACACGUCUGCCCUCAUCCACUGUCAGCCAUGCUGGACCAGCCCUCUGUGACCUCCCUGCAGCUGCACCUGCCCUGAUAUUUAGCCGCAUCCCAUCAUGCACCAGGUGUGCGCGAAACUUCCGUUGGCUGAUUGUGUGGAGAGAGCUGCAUGGCCUGCCAUUAUCAGAGUGUGAAUGACAAGCACAGAUCUCCCAGGCACAGGGAUCAGAAGAAGAAGCUCUGGACUCACUUAGCUCCCGGAACACAGAGAAAAUCAUGCUGUAGAAGUCCGAGUUUUUUUUUUUGUUUGUUUGUUUUUAUACAAAUUUUAACGUUUUUUUUUUUUUACGUUCCCCGCGUAGCUAAACGUAUAUGUCUGUAUUCGUGGAUCGAACCUUGGUGCUUUCGUUCAGGAAUGAAUGCAAACAGAACUUGCCUUUUGAACUGGAGAACACUUGACUGGCUUAUGAGCUCAGAACAGUCCCUCCCUGUGUUCUACUCCGGGGACGUUGUUCUAAAUGAGAACGCAACAAGGAAACAGGGCGGGGUACUAACUGGCAGUGAACUGGCCCCUUGGCCUGGAGCAAACCUGAUUCUGGUCACACAAAUGGACUCACUGGACAAUUUUGAACAAUUUUGGUCCUUUGUGUGGACCUACAGUCAAGUUGGUUCAUGUUGAUAAUUUUGAUGAUGAACUGAGGAACCGAAAAUCUUUCACGUUUGUGAGGUUUAAAAAGAGCAUUACCAUAGACAUGCAUGCACCAGAAUACUCGCUACAAGUCAGUUGGGGGUGGGGGGGGCUUGUUAUAAUUUCAACCAAUUAGACGUUUAACUUUUUCUUUAUUUUAAAAUAUUGGUGCCUUUUUGUGAUUCACCGAAGAAACGUAGCAGUACAAGUUAUUAAUGCACUGUCAUUCCUCUUCAUAAGGGCAAAUUAGCAUUUUCUCUGCAGUUCACAGGUUUAACAUUUGGAAUGAAUGUGAAAUAUUCUCAUUUAUAGUCUAAACUAAUUUCAAGUUGGAAAAAUAAAUAUUCCCUUGUUUUUAUGGGAAAGUUCAGCAGACCUCUGCUGUGUCUUUAAUGCAGUGGUGUCCAGUCUUAUCCAAAAAGGGCUGAUUUGGGUGCCGGUUUUUGCUUCAGGCCAGCACUAAUUCUACUUUCGGAUAAGAUUGGACACCCCUGCUUUAAUUUCUAUGAAGAGCAUGUUCCAGUGUUACUCUGUUACUGAGAGUCAGUACUGACAACUCUCUGGAAUUUGUACAGAAAUUACAAUAGGGAAAUAAAAUGAAACUAUUAAACUAGAAAAAAAAUGCUGCCUGACUGCAAAGUA